UGUUGUGCAGCGAGAGAUGAGGUGAUAUGCUGCGCUGGAAUACAGGCAAAGAUGAAAGCGGAAGCGACGGUGUCUCAGCGGUGGAAAGCCGACUACCUCGCAGCUCCAUUGGUUCAUCCGUCGGCCAUGUUGGGGAGGCAUUGCCUGGAGUGAGUACUCCCGUCACGUUGAUCCGGGCUCGCGGGCUGCUUGAGGUGGAACACUACUGUCCUCGAUCCUUCUUUUCUUCCUGAAGGUGAAUGUCAGUUUGUACCGCCAGUUCGAUGAGGUCAUCGAUGUUCGUCGUAAGGGUCAGCGGAAUCGUAAGAUGCCGGAUGUCAUCAGCAAGCCAAGGAAGAACGGUUCCAGGAGUGCUGUACAACCCAAGUCACAGUCAGUGGCCAUGGUGCGGAACUCAAUGGUGUAGUCUGCGACCCGUGGACUGCAUGCCUUGUCGGAACUUGAACAGGGAUCUCGCCGCCUCUCUGCCCGAAAGUCCCCACUGAAAUAUUUGUCUCAGCACCUUGGAGAAUGCGGCGGCGUAGGUGGAGCUGGUGACGGUCUGUUGAUUCUAUUCCGCUGUGGCUCAGGCACCCGCUUGACCUGACAGAACCGAGAACAUGGAGGCCAACCUUCCAGAGGGUCAGGCAUUCUCAUCAGGUGCAGAUGACAAGACUACAACAAGAUUUACGGAUUUUGAGGGAAAUACUUCGUUUGGGAUGUCCGUCUUCAACUUGGGCAACGCAAUCAUGGGAAGUGGAAUCCUCGGAUUGGCGUACGCCAUGGCCAAUACAGGGGUUGUUUUAUUUUUGGUCCUCCUUACAGUGGUGGCAGCUCUUUCAUCUUAUUCCAUUCAUUUACUGCUUAAAUCUUCUGGUAUCGUAGGUAUCCGGGCUUAUGAGCAGCUUGGCUACAGAGCAUUUGGCACUCCUGGGAAGAUGGCGGCAGGUAUCGCCAUCACGCUGCAGAACAUCGGAGCCAUGUCCAGUUACAUGUAUAUUGUCAAGUAUGAGUUCCCACUGGUCAUUCAGGCCUUCCUCAAGGUGGACAAGCCUGCAGGUGAAUGGUACAUGAACGGCAACUACCUUGUGGUCAUCGUAUCUAUCGCUGUCAUCUUGCCGCUGGCGCUCAUGAAGCAGCUGGGGUACUUGGGGUACACCAGUGGCUUCUCCCUGAGCUGCAUGGUGUUCUUCCUCAUCUCGGUCAUAUACAAAAAGUUCAAUGUCCCUUGUCCAUUUGUGGAUUUUGCCCUCAACGGCACCGCCGGUGGACCGAACAUCACGCUUCUCGGCGGGGCGGAAGACACCGACUGCAUUCCCAAAAUGGCUAACCUCAACUCGCAAACUGCCUAUACCAUCCCCAUCUUGGCCUUUGCCUUUGUGUGCCACCCUGAGGUCCUGCCCAUCUACACAGAGCUACGCAACCCCACAAAGAAAAAGAUGCAGCAUGUGGCCAAUAUCUCCAUUGCAGUCAUGUACAUCAUGUAUUUCCUGGCUGCUCUUUUUGGAUACCUAACUUUCUAUGGUGAAGUGGAGGCGGAGCUUCUUCACACUUACAGUCGCAUUGACCCCUACGACACACUGAUUCUGUGUGUGCGUGUUGCCGUGCUCACUGCUGUCACACUCACAGUUCCCAUUGUGCUCUUUCCUGUUCGGCGGGCCAUCCAGCAUAUGAUGUUUCCCAACAAGACCUUCAACUGGCCGCGACACGUCGCCAUUGCAUUCACUCUGCUCGCGUUUAUCAACCUGCUUGUCAUCUUUGCCCCCAACAUUUUGGGCAUCUUUGGGAUCAUAGGUGCCACGUCUGCACCUUGUCUCAUCUUCAUUUUCCCAGCUGUCUUCUACAUUCGUAUCGUACCCAAAGAGGAGGAGCCGCUUUGCUCACCCCAGAAAAUUAUUGCUGUCUGCUUUGCUGGGAUUGGUUUCCUGUUCAUGAUCAUGAGUCUCAGCUUCAUCAUUAUUGACUGGACUUCAGGCACAGGCAAAGCCAGCAGUGGCCACUAAACACCUCCUAUUUGAUCCUGGUCUUCCACUUAGUUGUUACAAUGUAAUUACUGUUGUCGUUGAUAGUUUGACUUUGGCUCACUUUCUAUCUUGCGCGGACAAGAAUCCCACGUGAAGUUUUAGAAGACACUCUGUAAGUCCCUGCACAAGCAUCUCCAUACUCUUAGCACACCUUUGGCACAAUUAUGUUCUCUGUGAAUAAAAAUGUGGAGGUGAAACUAAAACAUAGGAAGCUGCUCUCUUGACAGCAUAUCCUCUAAUGAGCACAAGGAAAUAUGAAUGUUUUUUCCCCAUCAUCCAUGCGGGCAUCCAUUAGAGAAUUUGACCUGUGUAAAAAGCACACCUUUCACCUGAUGACACACAAAAAACUGGAGAGAGCAAAACAUGUUGUUGGCAUUUUAACAAACAACACAAGAGGAGUUAUGAUGCUAAUUUGAAAAUAAUAGGAGUCAUCAGCAACAAAGAAAUUAAAAGUAUUUUUUUAUUUCACUGAUAUCGAAUCAAUGGCAAUUGCAAUUGUUUUUGUUUAAAACGGGUCUGGAAAAAAAAGAGAGGUUGUCCUACUGUGCAUUCCGGGUUGUCUUAUAUUUGGGUCAAUACGGUCUUAGUUUAAAUAAACCUUUAAAGUUUUUUUUUUUGUUUUUUUGUUUGUACUGAAGACCUCAAGAAAAUUACCUCUGUGUUCCUCCUUUUUGAAUUUGUAUGUGCGUUAUCUUUGACAUGUAUCACAGAUGACCAAAAAAACAGGGUCCUUUGCAGCGUUUUUUCCUCAUUUUCCCAACAUCAGUGUUGUGUCAUUACUACAGUGCCCCACAAUGGCAAACACAUAGCAUUGUCCAAGUGCUCCAAACACAGAAAUGACUCACAACAAACACACAAACACCCUGAAACAAAUGAGAAAGGAAAAUGAUGCAAUGGCAUAAACACAAACAAACCCUACAAAAAAAAAAAAAAAAGCAUGAGAGAAAUGCUACAAGUUCACGAAAAAGCUAGUAAGAAAACCGUCUUGACCAGAGAAGAACGCUGUCGGAACCAAAAGUAAUUUUUUUUCUGAUAUCUUUGUUUUAAACUUGCUUUAGACAUCAGGCUGUCAAUAGAGUUGUCCCGCACCACAUUUUUUAAAUAAUAUUUAGAGUAUUUUUGUUUUCAAUUUAGCUUUUUUUAAGUAUAAAAAUGAUAAAAUAACUGAAAAUAUCAAUACCACCGUAGUAUUGGACACUGGAUGAGAUCAACCAAUCAAAGCGCGAUGUUCAGUUUUGCCGCUACUGAUGGGCUAAGCCUUUGGCAGAGUUACUCCGUUGCCGGGAUGUUAAAGUUGUUUUCACUGACCACCACGUCACAGUUAUGGCUGUCUUCAAACUGCCGCUUGUAACAUCAGUGAAUAUAUAUAUAUAUAUAUAUAUAUAUAUAUAUAUAUAUAUAUAUAUAUAUAUAUUAGGGCUGGGCAACGAUUAAAAAUUUUGAUCAAAGUUAAUCGCACUAUUUCUCUUAUUAAUCGCGAUUAACUGCAUUGUAUACGCAAAGCCCAAUAAUGAAUUCAAAAGUAGUGUGUAGUGCACCUUUAUUGGAAUAGUCUCCCACAUGAACAAAAGCGCCAAAACAUUUGUUGUGCAAACACAAUUUAAAUCAGUCCUUGUUAAACAGUAGCAGUUAAAUAGCAUAUUUUAUGAAAAUCAACUCAAAAAAUGUAAAUACAAACAUUUAAGCUUAUUGCCACUGCCAGGGUAUUUAAGUUAUCCUGUUUGUUAUGGAAAAUACAUAUAAUCUACAUACAAAUCUCUGAGCCACAAUCAUAACAUCUGAACAGGCAAUUUCUGAGGUAACAACAGAAAAAUUUUUUUUAUCAGGGAUCUUAUGUUUAAAAAACCUAUAUUAUAGGUAGUGGGCUGUUUUAGGGAAUUUUUGAUCAAAUUAUCCGUAGUAGCAAUAUUAAUAAUGUGUUUGUUCUGCGUAGUGCACUUAAAAUAAUUAUGACCAUAUCUAGGAAUUGAUAUGAUGGGAAUUUUCCAAUUGUUUGCUUGGUGCUUUGAUAAACUGAACGCAUCAUAUACAUGGUACUAUAUUGUGAUGUUAUGACCCUGGGAAAAAAAGAACUACCCUACCCAGCAUGCAACAGGAGUGACGAGCAUGCGCGAUAGCCCGGUAUAGGUUGUGUCGCCAUGACGGCAUCUUGUAUGUUGUGAUAUGCACGCUCUUAAAAGCAAACGUUAAGAACUCAGCCAACACUCAUCGUCUGCAUUAUUCAUAAAUAGACAGACAACACAUAUACUCCGCUGCUUCACAGGCCGCUGUAUGUAGCCGGCAAAGUAUUCUCAUGCUAGCUAGCCGGUCUAGCAAGCACGCGUCAUUCAGUCCAAAACGGCCCGAUCUAUCCACAUUCAGAAUUGUCUGGCGGUCGUAAGUGAUCCCGAAGUGACCAUGCUUUAAGCCAGCCAUGAAAUUUGCAGAAUUGUCCGGUAUUUUUGCCAAAUGUUCCAUCUUUACCAAGAGCCCCUCGACGCCGAAGCUUUUCCAGGCGACGCCAUCUUGUUAAGAAAAGGCGUUAACAAAAUAAAACCACGUAAACAACAUACGCAAAUGUGCGAUAAAAUAAUUGUUGGCGUUAAUAGAUUGAUGAGUUAACGUGUAAUUAAUGCAUUAAUUUGCCCACCCCUAAUAUAUAUAUAUAUAUAUAUAUAUAUAUAUAUAUAUAUAUAUAUAUA